GAAUGGAAGCCCCGAAAGACUUAUGAUGACAUCGAUGAUAUGGUCAUCCCAGCGCUCCAGCAGGUGGUGACUCAGCAGUCAGUAUUCACCCAGUAUAAUAUAAAGAAGAAACCCAUGACGCGGGAGAAUACCGAGCGUCUGGCCAACAAAGAGAAGUACUGUACUCGUCACUCGGAUUUUGAAGACCUGGAACGUAAAUACUGGAAGAAUCUGACGUCCGUCUCACCACUCUAUGGGGCAGAUAUCAGUGGCUCGCUAUAUGAUGCA